AUGUCUUCGCCAGCUGAGCUUUCAUUGUACGAUAUUUCAAAAUUCCUCUUUUAUCCUUCCUAUGAAUUGUUUCAAUCCUCUCAAAACAACAACACCAAUGGUACCACUACUACGAACGUCACGCAUGCCUCUCUUUCCAAACUCUUUCCCAACUCCGUCGAAAACAUUUCCUCCAUUGUCAAUUCAUGUUUCUUUAUUGUAGUCUUUACCAUUCUGAUUGGAGUGAUUGGUUUCAUCAUGUAUAAGGCAAGAGAGACGACAAAGAGAAAUCACAAAAUCCUCUUCUUCUUGCUUUCAGUGUUCAUUUUGGUGCAAUAUUUUGGAUUGAUAUUCAGAUUGGUUUAUAAUGGAACUGCAUUGAGAGUGAACCAAUUUGUUGAUUUAACGCAAGUGACGAAUUUGAAUUCGUAUCAAGUGGUGUUGUGGGUGUUUUCUGUCAUUGAAAAUGUGCUUGUGAUUUCGCAAAUGGCCACUAUAUUGGUUAUUAUGAGUUUCAUCAUGGCUAUUUUUUUAAAGACUGUCAAGAUGGCUGGCGCAAUGACGGCAAAGACUUACAAGAUCAUAUGGUGGUCCGUUUCUGUCAUCACUGCAAUUUCUGCAACGAUUUUCAUUGCUCUCAUUAUUGUCAAUGGAGUUAUCAAUUUACUCCUCAAAAUGAAGAUUCUGAGAACUGAUGUUACUCCCAUUUAUGUGAUUCUCUUCCUUAUCUUUUUGGGUGUAAUGAUUAUGGAAACAGUACUAUUUAUUGCAAUUGGAGCUCGAUUGUUGCAUGUUGUUAAAAAACGCUCUCAAAAUGUGUCACAAGCCAAAUCCAAUCAAAGCAGUAUGAAUUUGGCUCAGUCUUUGCAAAGACCUUACAUUAAGAUUGUUGGUUUGAUUAUUGGUAUGAUAGUAAGCGCCUUCAUUCAAAUAUUGGCAGCCGUGGUUUCCAUAUUCACUUCAUUGUAUGCUGGUUAUUUACAUAUUAUUGAUUACUUUUUGCAGUGUUUUGGAGUGUUGGUCUUUGCUAUUUUCGUCUUGUUGCUAUACAAUCCUUUGAUUCUGCAAUAUGAAGCAAAGAAUGAAAAUCAGACAGUGCCUUAUCAAAAUCAAGAAAUGAAGGAAAAAGAAGUACAUCAAAUAGAACAACAUAUCAAUGACCAACCUGUCCAUCAAGAUACAAAAGUAUAG